UCAGGGGACGCAGGUAAUCCUUGUGUGACGCAGUUAGCCUGUAGGUACCGAUACAGAUUUACGCCAGUCCGGGUCCAAUUUACUCCGCGUAAUGGCGCAUGUGUCGGCAAGGAAGUCGAAGGCGAAGGCUGCAGUAGCGUUCGGCAGCUGCCAGGAGCGGAAGAUGUUCCCACUGCAGCGUCCACCUAACCGGCUGGGCCGCGAGCAGCUCCCGCCGCUCGGCUCUCGUGCGCGAGGGCCCGGCUGCCAUGACAACCACGUGGUGGACACAAUGACUUCGAAGCUAGAGAGGAAGCCACUGAGUAUGAAAGGCUACAGUUUAGCGGCCCGUACUACUCCUCGAUUCUUCGCUCCUUUGCAGACGAACACACCUUCUCCACAGCAAUACCAGCAGGACUGGAGUGUCCCAAGAGUGCCAUCUCCUGGCAAAACCCCCUUCAAUUCCUCCUCUCGGAGGUUUACUUCAAAAUCUGCCACAGUCAGCUCCAACCCUGGCCCAGGGACGUACGCUCACGAUGUGGCCCACAGUCGGAAGGUCUCCUGGCCUAUGAAGUUCGGCUCUCCAGACUGGUCGAGAGUGCCCAUGCUGGAAAGGAGGGCCCUUCACACAGAGCUCCUCUGUGAAAAGCAGUUCCGCACGCAGAGAAACAGGGUGGCGUAUCUGCGCAUGUUCUUCCCUUCGCAGGAUAAACGCAACGUGUGACCUGAUCUAGGACUUGAGCACACACCUGAAUGCAUUUGUGUGUUUGUGUUUUUCCAUAAAAUUCUUUGCUCUUC